AUGCGGGUAAUAAUUGUUGGCGGGGGCCUGGUGGGCCUGACGCUUGCAAGUGCAUUGGAAAAAGCAAAUGUUGAUUUUGUGUUGCUAGAGGCCCGAGGUCGAUUUGACCCCCAAGUCGGAGCAUCUAUUGGACUGAAUGCCGCCGCAAUGCGUAUCCUGGAUCAGCUAGGAGCAGCCAAAGCGAUCAUGAAUGAAACAGCACCAAGCAAAAUGUCCAAAGUCCAUCGCAGCGAUGGUAAACUUGUCAUGCCACCGGCGCUCACUUUCCCGAUCUUGAAAACCAGGUUUGGCUAUGGAUCAUGCUCUCUGGACCGCCAACGCGCUCUCAAGGCGUUAAUGGACUCAAUUGGAUUGAAAGACAACAUGCUGCCCAACAAGACCGUGUCGCGGAUCGACCAAACGGAUUCUGGCGUCAUUGUGCAUUGUCAAGACGGUUCUUCCUACCAUGGGGACGUGGUCGUUGGUUGUGAUGGUGUCAAUAGCAAAGCAUCGACUCGGAGCGAGAUGUGUCGCCUUGCCAGCGAGGAGGAUCCAGACCACUUCCGAACGCUGAAGCAGACGAUAAUGAGUGCUGAAUUCAACUGUCUUUUCGGCAUAUCUGACCCCGUAGAUAGCCUCAUCGAGGGAACAGUCGACACCGUUUUUGACAACGGCAGGUCCAUGCUCGUGAUCACUGGAAAACAUGGACGGGUGUUCUGGUUUUACCAUGAGAAGUUGGACAAGGUCUAUUAUACAGAUGCCGAAGACUUCCCACGAUACUCUCAAGCAGAUGCGGAAAAGCUCGCGCACAAAAAUGCCUGGCGACCUAUCACCGAGACUGUGACCCUGGGAGACAUAUGGGAAAAGCGUGUGACCUACACGCUGGUGCCAUUGGAGGAGGCCCUGUUUGACAUGUGGAGCUGGGGACGUAUAGCGACUGUUGGGGAUAACUCCCAUAAGAUGACCCCUAAUACUGGCCAAGCUGGGAACAAUGCAAUUGAGUCUGCUGCUGCGCUGGCAAAUCAACUCCAAAGACUCCAUAAUGAGGCGCCGAUCACCUCUCAGAAAAUCGAGUCAGCGUUGCGCAAGUGGCAGGAGAAGCGCCAGGCUCCAGUGAACGCGACGGUGAAAGAAGCGGCGAUGGUUUGCCGAUUGCAGGCGCUGGAUGGUCGCAUGGCCUCUUUUGUCAUGAACUAUGUUGUGCCAAAUGCCAGCGAGUCGUUUCUGAAAUUGGUCACCGCUACGCUCAUCGGCGCUGAGAUCAUUGAGUAUCUACCAGUACCAGCCCAGUCUUUCGAAGGCUCUUGUCCCUUCAACCCAACCCAAGGUGUCGGCAAACACGAACGAUUGCUGAAACGUAUGGCCCUUGCGUUGCCAUUGCUCGUUCUCUCUUUUUGGGUGGCGACGAUGACGCCCAUUGGCGGUGUGGAUGGUUCUAUACGCCGAUUCCUGCAGCCAAGUCAACUCACGGAGCUCGGUGAACGAGCGCAAGUGCUUCAAAGUCUACGCCCUCUUGCUGAGGAGAGUGUCAUCUAUGCCAUAUGGCUCAUUGAGUCGAACCGUCGUGCCAAUGCGAUGACGUUCGCCCAGUUUCCAACCAUCUUCUGGCUCCUUGGUCUUAGGUUUGGACCAGGGGUUGUUACUCCUUGUUACUAUUUCCUGCAUUUUUUGUUCUCGGGCAUCGAGAGAUUCGCGGCAACUGAUGGAAGACUCACCAAUGUGGCCUACACCAAGUUGAUAUUGCCCUCAGUAGUGCUCUUCAUGGGUGCACCGGUCUUCCUCACCCUGAGCGGCUACAUUACAAAGGUCGAUACGGCGUUGUGGCACUGGCGUUGGAUGCUCCAGCCACAGGCUUUGAUUGCGAUCACGCAGUGGAUAACAGUCAAGACUGGGAUGAGCAAGGUCAGCAUGGACGAGGACACGAUGGGUAACCAGCUGCGGGAUCUCCCUUACAUCCGAUGGUGUUUAUGUGUUCUCAGUAGCGUAUCUGCAGCGAGUUUCAUAGCUACGCGGUGGAGCGCACUCUUGGACACUUUUUCGUCUGCUCUCUUGCCCGACGCAGUUGGAAAUUUGUCCGACUUGAACCGGCAUGGGACCCUCCUCGCGAGUCUCUUCUGGGUCGGUCUCUUGAUCCAUGACAUCAAGAGCGCCGGAAUGGCCAAACAAAGUUGGGCGAAAAUACUCACAAUAGGCUUUCUUUCUGGCGCACUUGCAAGCCCUGUGGUAACUGUGGCACUGGGGUGGAUUUGGCGAGAGGAGAUAUUGGCAUCUAGGAGAGAAAGACACGCGGUCACUAGGGACAAGUACUCAGGAAAGUCGAUCCUUGACGUCCAAAAAGAGAUGCUUUUGCCCAAGGUUAAGGCGGCGAAGUGA